GUCGCCGGAAUACACUCGUUUUCUUCGUCACAUCGGGAAGCCUCGGAUAAAAAUAUUGUUCUCAAAAUUGAUCUUUCUGUGGUUUCAAAUUUGUUUCCUGACAGUUUUAGGGCCUCUUUGGGUCUUCUCUUUCGUUCAUUGGAUGGUUCAAAUAUGGAGUUUCAGUUGACAACGUAGCAGAAGUGAAAUCUUUACCUUAGUCAACAGAUUUUUCUGUUUUGAAGACACUUUCUUCUCGUGGGCGUAUAUUUAGUUGUCCGCCAUAAUGAAUCGACAGAAUGGWGUAUCACAGUCUUCACUAAAAACACCACGACUCGGUGUAGCACCUACACCCGGRCCAACUAAUGCUGAUUUGACUAGUAUCUUUGAAUGCCCUGUGUGCUUCGACUUUGUUCUYCCGCCAAUUUUACAAUGUUCAAGCGGACAUCUUGUAUGUUCAAAUUGCAGACCGAAAUUGACUUGUUGUCCUACCUGCCGUGGGCCUCUAGGCAGUAUUCGAAACUUGGCAAUGGAAAAGGUAGCCAGUACAGUCACUUUUCCCUGUAAAUAUGUCACAAGUGGAUGUGAGGUUUCUUUGCCACAUACAGAAAAGACAGAACACGAAGAGUCUUGUGAAUUUCGUCCUUAUUCGUGCCCUUGUCCUGGAGCCUCUUGUAAGUGGCAAGGCUCUUUGGAAGCUGUAAUGCCCCAUCUMAUGCACACUCAUAAGUCAAUAACUACUCUCCAAGGAGAAGAUAUUGUAUUUCUUGCUACUGAUAUCAAUCUCCCAGGCGCUGUUGACUGGGUUAUGAUGCAAUCAUGUUUUGGGCACCAUUUUAUGCUUGUAUUAGAAAAACAGGAAAAAUUUGAAGGACAUCAACAAUUUUAUGCYAUUGUGCAGCUUAUAGGUACUCGGAAGCAGGCAGAAAGUUUUAUAUACAGACUGGAAUUGAAUGGAAGCCGCCGUCGAUUGGCAUGGGAGGCAACCCCACGAAGUAUUCAUGAGGGAAUUGCGUCUGCAAUUUUAAACUCAGAUUGCCUAGUUUUUGAUGCAAAUAUUGCACAUUUGUUUGCAGACAAUGGAAAUUUAGGAAUAAAUGUUACUAUUUCAAUGACAAUGGACACAAGGUAAUCAUGUUACACUUUACAAGAAUACAAGAAACAAUUUAUGUUAACCAUAUAUAACCAAUAACAAUAAUUAUAUAAUUAUUAUAUAAUAAAAGUUAACAAUGGUCUAGGUGUUAUAAAUGUCUUAGCAUUCACAAUAUGCACUCAAACCCUUAAUUGUACAAUUAACAUUAGUAUAUUAACAUGCAAAAUGAAAGAUCAUUUGCUUCAUAUAUAUUUAUCAUUGAAAAUAAAUUACAAAUGCAGUUAAUCCACAUUUUUGUUUGACUUUGACUAAUGUUAAUGAAAUUGCUUGUGUAAUAAUGGGAAAGGAUGGAAGGUUUUGCAAUUUUAUAACCAUAUUAAAAGAAACAUUCACUAUUGAGGGAUGUCCAAUACUCUGUCAAAUUUAUGCAAACCAGUAUUGUAUUUUCUUGUAUUGUAUCCACAUACAAUAGAUUUACAAUACAAGACUUUUAAGAAUGACACAAUACAAUAGAAUGCGAAACAAUGCCAUGCAUAAAUUUGUCAGAAUAUUUGACAAGACUGAUGCAUGCAGGGAAAGGAGGAGUCCCUUUUUUUCUAUGUAUCAUAAAUUGGGCAGAAACUCGUUAUACCUUUAAUUAAUUAUUGUUCUCAGAUCCAAUUACUUAAUUGGAAAGUAAUUUAGUUAAUACAGUAUUUUGUAAGAAAAAUAAAGAAAAGCAGUUUGACAAUAAAUUAUAUUAUUUAGGCAUUUUUAAUAAA